GCCUUAGGUCGAGGGCUCGAACCCAAAUAAGGCAACUUUCUAAUUAUUUUUUUCUUUUUCUCUCUGAAAGCCGCAAAUACAUUCGCCCGUCACUUUCACCAGUCACAAUAAACCCUCCAGCCAGUACAGAAACUAAAACCUUAAAUCCUUCAUUUUUAUUAACUCAGAUCAAUUAAUAGCAUCAGCUGAUCAGAAUCUUCAAGAAAAAAUGCAGAAAUCACAGCAAGAGAUAGUCUAUACUAAACAGCCGUACGUCGAAGAUGUCGGCCCCCGUAGAAUCAAAAGUAUGCAAUUUACAAUGAUGUCCGGAGAAGAGAUAAUGAAAGCAGCCGAAUGUCAAGUUCAUUUAGGUUCUUAUUAUGAUGCUACUCGUAAAGCCAUUCCCGGCGGUUUAUUAGAUCCCCGCUUGGGUCCUGCUACUAAAAAUAGUAGUGCUUGUCAUACUUGUGGCGCCGAAUUUCACGAGUGCCCUGGUCAUUUUGGGUACUUGAAUCUUGUCUUGCCGGUUUUUAAUGUCGGUUAUAUGAGCACUAUUUUGGAUGUUUUGAAGUGCAUUUGCAAGUCUUGUUCUCAUAUACUUUAUGAUGAGGCAUUAUGUAAAACUGACUUGAAAAGGAUAAGAAAUCCCAAGUUAGAACAUCUGAGGAGGAGUGAGUUGGUGAGAAAGAUUGUGAAGAAGUGUAGUACCAUGACAAGUAACAAAGCUGUGAAGUGCAAAAGAUGUGGAGAAAUGAAUGGGAUGGUAAAAAAGGCUGGCUCUGCUCUAACCCUUAUUCAUGAUCGCGCUAAAUUAGAUAACUUUUUGGAAGAAUGUAGAUCUGCAAUUUCACAUACAAAAGAGUCUAAAGCACCAAUUAGUCUGGCUACUUACAUUCUUACCCCUGUUAAAGUUCUGUCUAUUUUUAGAAAAAUUUCAGAAGAGAAUUGUGAAGUGCUUGGUCUUUUUGAUAGACCAGAGAAACUUAUCAUAACAAACAUAGCUGUGCCGCCUAUAUCUAUUCGACCCUCCGUUUUCACAGAUGGAUUACAGAGCAACGAAAAUGACAUCACAGAGAGGUUAAAACAAAUUAUUCAGGCAAAUGCUAGCCUUCGCAUGGAAUUACUAGAAGGAAGAAUGAGUAUGAAUAAAUAUCUGGAUUCUUGGGAUGGUCUUCAAGCUGCAGUUGCACUCUAUAUAAAUAGUGAUGUCCGUGUUCCAAAUAAUGUUGAAGUUGGCAAGCCAUUGAGUGGUUUUGUUCAGCGCUUAAAGGGAAAGCAGGGGCGUUUUCGUGGGAACUUGUCAGGGAAGCGUGUCGAAUUUACUGGAAGGACUGUUAUAUCACCAGACCCUAAUCUUAAAAUUACUGAGGUGGCUAUUCCUAUACAUAUGGCUCGGAUUUUAUCUUUUCCUGAACGUGUAUCCCAUCAUAAUAUUGAGAAGUUGAGGCAGCUCGUCAGUAAUGGUCCUCAGAAAUACCCUGGUGCAAGUAUGGUCAGAUAUCCUGACGGUUCCUCAAAGCGUUUAAUAGGUAGUUACAGAAAAACUAUUGCUGAGGAAUUGACAUUUGGUUGUAUAGUUGAUCGCCAUUUGGAAGAUGGAGAUGUUGUCCUUUUUAACAGACAACCAAGCUUGCAUCGAAUGUCUAUCAUGUGCCAUAGGGCAAGAAUCAUGCCCUGGAGAACGUUGAGAUUUAAUGAAUCUGUUUGCAACCCAUAUAAUGCUGAUUUUGAUGGUGAUGAGAUGAAUAUGCAUGUCCCACAAACAGAAGAGGCUCGGACAGAGGCUCUUUUGUUGAUGGGGGUCCAAAACAAUUUAUGCACACCAAAGAAUGGAGAAAUAUUGGUAGCAUCCACACAAGAUUUUCUAACAUCAGCUUUCCUGAUCACAAGGAAGGACACUUUUUAUGACCGAGCAGCUUUCUCACUUAUGUGUUCUUAUAUAAAUGAUGGUGCGGAUGUUGUUGAUUUGCCAACACCUGUAAUACUUAAGCCGAUAGAACUUUGGACCGGUAAACAAUUAUUUAGUGUCCUGCUGCGUCCAAGUGCAAAUGUGAGAGUCUACCUCAAUCUCACUGUUAAGGAGAAAAUUUACUCCAAGCCUAAGAAAGGAGAUAAGAGAGAGAGAGAAACAAUGUGCCCUAAUGAUGGUUUUGUCUAUAUCCGGAAUAGUGAGCUAAUAUCUGGACAACUUGGGAAGGCUACUCUAGGAAAUGGCAACAAGGAUGGACUUUACUCUGUUCUUCUCAGAGACUACAAUACCCAUGCUGCUUCCACUUGCAUGAAUCGGUUAGCUAAGUUGAGCGCCCGAUGGAUUGGAAAUCAUGGCUUCUCAAUUGGCAUCGAUGAUGUCCAGCCAGGGAAAAAGUUGAUCGAGGAAAAAGCGAAAACAAUUUCUACUGGUUAUCAAGAAUGUGAUAGACUAAUAGAGGAAUACAAUAAAGGGAAGCUUAUGCUUAAACCUGGUUGUGAUGCCACUCAAACACUGGAGACUGAAAUUACCGACAGACUGAACAAGCUUCGAGAAGAAGCUGGUGAUGUGUGCAUGAAAGAAUUGCACUGGAGAAACAGUCCAUUGAUCAUGUCACAGUGUGGUUCCAAGGGUUCCGUUAUCAAUAUUAGCCAGAUGGUUGCAUGUGUUGGUCAGCAGUCAGUUGGGGGUCGCCGUGCACCUGAUGGAUUCAUAGAUCGGAGCCUUCCUCAUUUCACCAGAAAAUCUAAAACCCCUGGAGCUAAGGGUUUUGUUGCAAAUUCCUUCUAUAGUGGUUUGAGGGCAACUGAGUUUUUCUUCCAUACCAUGGGUGGGAGAGAAGGUCUCGUUGAUACUGCGGUUAAAACUGCUGACACUGGGUACAUGUCUCGUAGACUGAUAAAAGGGUUGGAAGACUUAUCUAUCCAAUAUGAUAAUACAGUACGGAAUGCAAGUGGAUGUAUAGUUCAAUUUCUUUAUGGAGAUGAUGGCUUGGAUCCUGCAUUGAUGGAAGGGAAGGGUGGAGUUCCAUUGAAUCUUGACCGUUUGUUUGCAAAAGCCAAGGCUACUUGUCCUGCUGGAGAAGAUAAUUACCUAUCUCCUUCAGAUAUCCCCGAUGUGGUCGAAAAUUUAUUUGUGAAGAUUGAUUUGGCUCUUGGUGGAGUUUGUUCUGAAGCCUUCAAAAAAAGUUUGACUACCUUUCUUGGAGGUCAUGUAAAGAGAUUGGAAAGCAUGAUGAAAUUGGUCGAUGGUGAUGAGGACCAAUGUUCUGAAACUGUAGAAAAACUGGCUCAUAAAGUAUGUGGUGUUUCUAAAAGGCAGAUAGAGGUUUUCUUGAGAACCUGCAUCAAUCGUUUUCUUUGGAAAAAAGUUGAACCUGGAACUGCAAUUGGUGCAAUUGGAGCUCAAAGUAUAGGGGAGCCGGGGACACAAAUGACAUUAAAGACCUUUCACUUUGCUGGAGUUGCCAGCAUGAAUAUUACACAAGGAGUUCCUCGCAUCAAAGAAAUAAUCAAUGGGGCUAAAAAGAUCAGUACACCUAUCAUUACUGCAGAGCUUGAGAAGAAUACUAAUGUCACUGCUGCUCGAAUUGUAAGAAGUCGUAUCCAAAAAACUGUUUUAGGCCAGGUUGCUAAAAGUAUUAAAAUUGUAAUGACUUCAAGAUCAGCAUCUGUAGUAAUCACGCUAGAUAUGAGAACAAUUGAAGAGGCACAAUUAUCUUUGGAUGCAAAUAUUGUGAAGGAAGCAAUUUUAAAAACUCCAAGAAUAAAACUAAAGCCUCAGCAUAUCAAGGUUAUGGAUAACAGGAAGUUGGAAGUCAUUCCUCUGGGUGACAGAGAAAAAGUUCAUUUUGAGCUCCAUUCUCUUAAAAACAUGUUGCCAUCAAUCAUAGUUCAGGGCAUAAAAACUGUUGAACGUGCUGUUAUUGCUCAAAAGAAGCGCGAGGGGGAAGCAAGUAAUCAGGAGCUUCCGACGUACAAUAUGUUGGUAGAAGGGAUGGGCCUUGAUCUUGUUAUGGGAACUGAAGGAGUGGAUGGUCGCAAAACUACAAGUAAUCAUGUGAUGGAAAUUCAGAAAUAUCUUGGGAUUGAGGCUGCAAGAAAAUGCAUUAUUUAUGAGAUAAAUCAAACUAUGGAACAUCAUGGAAUGAGCAUCGAUAUACGUCAUAUGAUGCUUUUAGCAGAUCUAAUGACAUUUAAGGGCGAAGUUCUUGGAAUCACAAGAUUUGGCAUUCAAAGGAUGGACAAAAGUGUUCUGAUGCUGGCUUCAUUUGAGAAAACAACAGAUCACCUUUAUCAUGCUGCUGUGCAUGGCAGGGAUGACAAAAUUGAAGGAGUUAGUGAAUGCAUCAUCAUGGGCAUUCCAAUGCAGUUAGGCACUGGAAUACUCAAAGUACAACAAAGGAUUGACCCACCACCAAUGCUAAAAUAUGGAUCAGAUUCUAUAAUCUCUUAGUGUUUGCAAGUUAAAGAGUUUAUUCAAGAGUAUACUAUCAUACAGAUUAUUACAAUGGACCUGGUGGAUAUACAUUGUUCUCGAAUUAUUACAACUUACAAGCAAGCAGAAUUAAUGAACUGUGCGUGCUUCUGUGAUUACUUGCAUUACAGAUGACUGCGGCGGUGAGUUAUAGGCACGGCUCUCCAGGUAACUGCGGAGCUCUGAUAUAUCUGAUUUUGCAGCUUUGCGAACCGAGAAAGAAAAAGAAAAGGUGUUUUUGCCGCACAUACAUACAACUAGGCAUAAGCAGCAGUAGUGAAUUCAGCAGUUCCCUUUAAAGGGUUACAUUUAAAGUUGCAUUUUUGUAUGUAGUAGUCAACAGUUAAACAUAUCUUUUGAUGUAUGAAAUAAGUUAAAUGGAAGCAUAACUAAGUAUUAGUUUAACAAUGUUGAAUAACAUUUGGUAAA